AAAUAUAGUAAAGAAUGGCUUUUAAAAUACCAAUAUUGUGCACAUAUUAUUAAUGCCAAAAAAGUUAUUUGUAUUUGUGGCAAAGCAAUUAAGCUUAAUAGACAUUAUGAGGAAGAUUACUUAAAUCAUUAUGUAAAAAGUUCUGGAUGUAAAGUAAAAGAAG